AUCUCUGAUCAUUAUCAUAGUUCGCAACAAUGUCUGUACAAGAUGUCGAAAUGGACACCGUUGACGAAGUUGUUGAUGCGCAAAAAAAAGCGGCAGAAGCCGAUGCUUUGGUUUUGGCUGAUUUGAAACAAAACUUUGUCCUUCUUGAGCGUGCAGUAGCUACUUUUGAAUCACGAUUUAUCACAAGAGUUUUAAGAACUGCCGCAUCCAUUCGAAAGCGGUUGAAUGCAGAAAUUUUGUCUCAAGCGAUUCGAGAUGUUUAUCCAAGAGAUGCUGUUGAUAAAAGAAGACUUCUGAAAUUCUUGGGAAAGGACUCAGGAGUUAUGGAUGUUGAUUCGGAUGACACGACAAAAGAUAAUCCACAAGUUUUACCCGAAAUUGACCUUUAUCUUCAUCUAUUGGUGAUGAUAUAUUUGUUGGAUAAACAGGACUAUUAUCAGGGUAUUUUACUUUCCAAUGAAACAAUCCAUAAAAUUCAAAAUUUGAAUCGUCGUACAUUGGAUCAAUUGUCGGCGCGUAUAUACUUUUAUUAUGCACGUUUUUAUGAACUCACUGAAAAAUUGGCAGAAAUUAGACCUGUAUUGUUAGCCGCCCAGCGAACAGCGACUUUGCGUCAUGACAAUGAUUCUCAGGCUACAUUGCUCAACCUGUUGCUAAGAAAUUACUUUUACUAUAAUCUUUAUGACCAAGCUGAUAAACUUGUCAGUAAAACGACUUUUCCCGACACUGCAGGAAAUAAUCAACAAGCUAGAUACAUGUAUUAUUUAGGUCGUAUUAAGGCAAUACAACUUGAUUAUACGGCUUCACAUAUGCAUUUGAACCAGGCUAUUCGCAAAGCACCCCAGAAUACAACUACAGCUGGUUUUCAACAAGCGGUCUAUAAACUGUCCAUUAUUGUUCAGCUUCUCAUGGGAGACAUUCCCGAAAGAUCCAUAUUUAGGCAACCGGUUUUAAAAAAGCCAUUGGUUCCCUAUUUGCAUAUCGUCCAAGCCGUGCGUAUUGGUGACUUGUCAACAUUUCAAGAAACAUUGGCCAAAUAUGGGGAUGUUUUCCGCAAGGACAAAACUUUUACCUUGAUACUAAGACUUCGACAUAACGUGAUUAAAACAGGUAUUAGAAUGAUAAGUCUGUCCUACUCUCGUAUAUCUUUACGUGAUAUUUGUUUAAAAUUACACCUUGAUAGUGAAAAAGAUGCCGAAUACAUUGUUGCCAAAGCUAUUCGAGACGGUGUUAUUGACGCUAUCAUAGAUCAUGAAAAAGGAUUUAUGAAAUCAAAGGAAAAUGUUGACAUUUAUUCGACGAAUGAACCUCAGAGUGCUUUUAAUGCUCGUAUUACAUUUUGUUUAAAUCUUCAUAAUGAUUCGGUAAAAGCAAUGAGAUUUCCACUUAACGCACAUCGUAAGGAGUUGGCUUCCGCUGAAGCACUUCGUGAAAGAGAAAGAGAACUUGCAAAAGAAAUUGCAGAAAAUGAUAUGGAUGAUGACGACGAAGUUGCGGAUUUUUGAGAAUCCGAUGGUUUUUUUUAAUUAUGUAUAAAUUUUGUCUUGAUAAAUUAUGAUGCAUUUGCAAGAUGCAUAAACUUGCGACAUAAAAUAAACAAAAUGUUAAAAUAUAUUAAUUAUAACUAUAAAUAUAAUUAAAAAUAAAGUU